GCCCCACCAGCAUUGCGCGUCCAGGCCCUUGACGUGAGGAUCAGCGGCAGAGGUCCGAAGCGGGGGGUGCUGCACACGACACCAGCAGGAUAGCAGGGCCAACGAGGAGAGCCAGGACUCCCAAAAACCAGGCAAGCGAGUGCUUCCAGAAGCCGACAUGAGCACGUACACGGUGACGCUGAACGGCCCGGCGCCGUGGGGCUUCCGGCUGCAGGGCGGGAAGGACUUCAACAUGCCCCUCACCAUCUCCAGGAUAAUGCCCGGCAGCAAGGCGUCGGGUGGCAGCUUGGCGCAGGGUGACAUCAUCUCGGCCAUCGACGGCGUCAGCACUGAUGGCCUGACGCACUUGGAGGCCCAGAACAAGAUCAAGUUGGCCACCAGCAGACUUGUGCUCAGCAUGCAGAAGUCGAGACGUCCUGCACCCGUCCCCAUAGCCACCCCCAGAAUGGACUCCCCCAUGCCUGUCAUCCCCCACCAGAAGGUCAUCGCCAACACACCUGCAAACGUGGAGUACACUCCCAGCUUCAACCCGAUCGCCCUGAAAGACUCGGCCCUGUCCACCCACAAGCCCAUCGAAGUGCGCGGCCCCGGCGGCAAGGCCACCAUCGUGCACGCGCAGUACAACACGCCCAUCAGCAUGUACUCGCAGGAUGCCAUCAUGGAUGCCAUCGCUGGGCAGUCGCAGGCCAAAGGUCACGAAGGUGAGGAGGCGGGAUCGUCCCUGGCCGGGGUGCUGCCCAUGAAGGACCCAGUGGUGGACUGCGCCUCGCCCGUGUAUCAGGCGGUCAUCAGGCCCACUGACAACUCACUGGACUUGUCCGAGUGGGCUCGCCGCGCCGCCAACCUGCAGUCCAAAAGCUUCAAGAUGCUGGCGCACAUCACCGGAACCGAAUACAUGCAAGAUCCAGAUGAGGAAGCUCUGCAGAAGUCGAGAGAGAAGUUUGAGUCGGAGAUGCGAGGUCCUCGUUUCGCCAAGCUGAGGAAAUGGCACCACGGAUUGUCUGCACAAAUCCUCAACAUACAGAACUGAAGUCAACAUGGAGGACCCGGAAAGCAAGCAAGCAAGCAAGGAAAGAAAGAAAGACAGGGACAUGGAGCAACUAAAAAACACACAAGAAAUCAAUGAAUAAGCCAACGCUGGAGAAACGUGAGAUCUUGUCGCUUGUAGACCAGUAGAAUGUGCAAGUGUUUAUUGUGAGAGAUAGACUGAAUACCGCAUAUACUGCAAACAGUAUAUAUAGCUUAGGUACAGUAUAUGUACGUGUGCGUGUCAUGAGUCUGCUGCUGAGAUCUGCAUAUUGUGUUUCCCCUGUGCUCCAGAGAAGUGUACAAAAAUAACACACAUACGUUCAGUCCUCAUUUGCAAACGUGACGAGAUGUUUGGACAUGAGCACAAAGGCAGUUAUGUAAAAAUGCACUCAAAGCACGCUCAUGUCAAUGUGAAUACAUAAAUGGUUUCCUUAAAAUGACAUCUCGAAUAUAAUUUGCAAUAAUA